CGUUUGGUCUAAUGAACGGCCAGUCACGUUUACAUGACAGGCAGUAGCAAACAAUAGAACUUAUGAUGAUAAAAACAUCGACCAUUAUCAAAUUUGCCAUUCACCUUUUUGGUGUCCACCAAAAGCCACAUAACAACAAAACAUUACAAAUCGCAGUUGAGCCUUCAGUUUUUAUUGACCAUUGUUUGAUGCUGUAAAAUGGCGGAUACUCGAUAAAAUUCUGGCAUGCCUUCAAACAUUUGAUUCAAUGUACACAACUUCAAACAUUCAAUUACAAUGGACAGCGGAACUGCACGUCCAAAACCCGAGAUAAAAACGGACUCGAAAGGAGGUCGGAAAAACACCGACUUCAUUGACCGCAUCUCUCACAUAGGACACAUGUUGACCACGCCUCAAAUGUACAGGUUGCGGAAAGAAGGCCGCAGUACGACUGUGCGUCCCGAGAGCGCACAUGCCGAGAUCGACGCCACUCCAGUUAGACCUGGAACAUCCGUCGGACCCUUUAAGUGCAAUGCCGCAUUUGAGCCAAUCAGAAAGAUAGAGCAGUCACGCGAGGCAAUCAAUGUAUUCCAACCAAUUUCAGAGAACAUAAACCCACAGGAAGACGAAAGUCCACCGAGCCGAAGAGAUUCCAAGAAUUCGUUCAAAAUUCGGGACUCCAGGAAAAGCCAAUCAACUAUACUACGCAAAAGAUCUUCUGGAAAUAUUAUGAACUUCGAAAGAGGUGGUAAAAAUUCCAAUAAUAAUGUCAUGUUUUGCCAGUCUAAAACUGGAAGGAAUCUGAGCAUAUCAACGUCAUCAUUUAUGAAAUCUGGAUGCACAAAUUUGGAUAGUUUCGAAAAUUCAACCUCGACCUUUGACAACAGCGGCACCAGCGACAACAACUCACGAAACUAUCCCACCCUUCGGAAACCAAUUUUCACGCCUGUCCGUCCUAAAAGCGUGAACAAUUUAGUACCUACAAACACGCAAGACAUGACAUCUGCGGUUAGUAACUUGAACACUUCGGGGACGAUGCUGAGUUCGACUAGACAUCUCGGAGGAGUGAGUUUGCAAACUAGGAAAAUAAUGGGUCGGCUGUGUAAAUCGAAAGACAGUCUGCACAACAUGUCUAUGACCGAAGACGACAUCAGAAGUGAGAGAGGAGAGGAUAAUAAAAAGCAUCGGAAGCACUCUCUAGGAGUGGAGCUCACGACUCUCAAGAAUCCGAAAAACAUUACUCAAGAGUCAGAAGAGUUGGAAAGUUCAGAUGAUGAUAGCGAGUCCUCCAAAAGCAGAGAAAAAGUAAUGGAAUGGCUCAGUGUGCAACAGAACGUGGUCACACCCGAUCUUCUAGCCCAUUGCGAGCCCAUAUCGAGCACAGUAGCAGAACAACCUUCAACUAGCAACGAUCAGACUAAAAUGGGAAAAACAGUAGCAUUUAAACCAGGUACCGUCAUAGCCCCAACACUGACAACAACAGGUGUUGCGGAUGGAAACAAUAGUGAAGACGACUACGAGAGGGCGUUAGCGCGGCAGAUGAGUUUCAGCGGGUCGACAACGGUCAUUCCCAAGGAGGAUGAUGAAGUCGUGGGGGAGACUGAUAUAAGAGUGAACAGAUAUGAGCAGUCGUUAGUGAAGUACAUUGAGCAAUUGCAGGGCAGAUUUGAUCAUCUGGAGACAGAAACCAACAGGGUAGUUUCUGAGUUUGAGACUAUGAACAAGAAAUGGGCGCUAGACAAAGAGCGUCUCGAAAUAACACAGCAGGAGCGAAUCAUUCUCUGUGAGCGAAAUGUAUUCAUGCGUCGUCAGCGAGAUGUCGACAAACAGCGUCUACAAAGCGCACUCAAACAAUACCAUUCCGUUCAUCGAGAUACCAGUAAUGUAUCACGUUUGAACCCUGGAUUCGGCAUUACGUCACAUGAUGUCAGAAGUGACGUCAGACUCAGUGGGGCUGCGUCAUUGGAUAGUAGAAACGACGUCAGUGAUAUGGAUGAUGCAAUUACCCAGGUGGAGACUUUGUUGAUGAAUUUGGGAAGGAUUUCGCAUUCUUCUGAAUGUGAACAAACAAUGGGAAUGGGUGAUCGAAAAAACGAUGGAAAUAAGCGAUGCUCCAAACAGGAGAACAGUGAAUAUUUACAAGACAUGCACGACGAGUUGAAUAGCACGCGGUUAUCGCUUACCAUGACUGAGAAUCGAAACCAUUACCUGUCACAAGAGAUAGCCAGUCUAACCAUCCAGCUCAAAAACUCCAACCGCACAAUCGAAAACCUACGCAAACACCGCGACGAACAAAAGCACGCAAUCAAACAAGUCCUCGAAAUGAGCAACUUCAAAACACGCAACGAGACCAACGCUAGUUUAGGUCAUGGCUCAUGUGACGAAAGCUCAAGCGUUUUAACACAAACAAUUUGCUCGCGAGUUAGCAAAUCGGAUUUCUUCAUCAAAGAUCUGGAAAAACUCCUGGCGCAAGGCGAAGUCACAAAAAUCAACUCACAUGAGCUAAUUGAUGACAUUACGUCAUUGAUUGAUGAUUAUUAUGUAACAAUUCCUGGACAAAUUGGCGGCUCUGAUAGCACAGGCACUCCAGUUAUGAGUCAUCGCAGAAGACAGAGUUUAAAGAAAGGUGUUGAAAAUGGAGAAAAACUCAAACGAAUGUUAACAUCACAUCAAUUAGACUUCAUCUAAUAUUGCAAUUCUAAACCAAUAGUUAUAUGUAGUUUCAUAGAUCAGUUUUCCACGUAGAGAAUAAAAUCAAUUCUGUCAACUUUGGAUAUGUAAGCCUUUUUAAU